AUGUUCGAGGACCUCAAGAUUGGCAAGUAUGCAUGGCUUCAGGAUCCUGGAAACAACACGUGGUGGGCUCACUCAGGAGGAAUCCAUCCUGCCAUGCCUGGGGACAAGACCCCCAUCUUGAAGAUCGGUGGAGCGCAGAGCUGGAAGACUAUCUUGGGAAACCAGCACAAGGACAGCGACGUGGGUCUUCAGUGCCCGAUGUGCUCUACGUUGAAAAAUGCGUUGUAA